AAAUUCAAAAAUUAUAUUAUGCUUUUUUUACUUUUUAGUUUCUAACUGUAAUUAAGUACUUUAUUUUUUUCUUUUUCCAAAUCAUGAUUCUAUAGGUAAUGGAAAUAUAUGAGUUUUAAGCAACGUCAUGUAUGUAGGGUAUCACUCCUAGAGAAAAAUCCCUAUAAAUAAGGGACAAAUGACAGCACAAAUAGAUUUGAAGGCGCCACACCAAAAUCCGAACCACUUUCCUUCUCUUUCCCUUCUCCAUCGUAUUCGUAUACACAGUUCACUACACUCCUCCGAACCUAAACUGAAACUUUCUCAAACCGCAUCCGAACCCGAACCUACCAUGUUCGGACUCUCCCAACCCGCUUCGGAUACUCCCAAAUCCACCAUCAAAUUCCUCUGUAGUUACGGCGGCAAAAUCCUCCCCCGCUACCCCGACGGCAAACUCCGUUACCUCGGCGGCCAUACACGUGUCCUCUCCGUCGAUCGCACUAUUCAAUUUUCCGAACUGCUUUCGAAGCUGGAAGAACUCUGCGGUUCCUCCGUGACGCAUCUCCGCUGUCAGUUACCGGCCGAAGAUCUCGACGCUUUGGUUUCCAUUACCUCCGAUGAGGAUCUCGUCAAUUUAACCGAAGAAUACGAUCGUACCGCGUCGCCACAAUUACCGUUGAAGAUCAGAGCGUUCAUUUCGCCUCCGAGAUCUUCAAACAAGGUUUCCAAACCUCCAUUACCGUAUCUGUCAAAAUCAGCAUCUGUUUCUUCCUCAUCCUCUGCAUCGUCGACGUCUUCUUCAUCGUCUUAUUGUAGCCUUACCGGUGGAGGUUUCAGCCGGAAGUAUGCGGCUGAGCUGCCCGUAGCUUACCGCUGCGUUCAUCAGAUGUCGUCUCCGAGAGCGAAUCAUGUCAACAUGGAGAGAUCUUCCAGGAGGAAUAUUCCGCUGCAGGGCAACUGCAACCAGUGGCAAUAACACUAUACUCAUUUGGCUUUGAAUAUGAAUGGAACUUGUAAUACCGAUGAUACCUCUGAGAAAAAACCACCUCCGGUAUCAGACACGUGUCAGAGUGUCCGUUGUCUCUCUGAUUAAAGACGUGUGUCUGAUGUCUGACAUGUGUUAAGAGUGUUCGUAUGUGUGUUUAUAGAAUGGAAUUAGUAAGAUUAGUAAGACAAUAUUAAUUAAAGAUGAAGAUAAAAGAAAUUUUACGAUCAUAUAGAUAAGAUUAAUUAAAUCAAAAGAUGAAGUGGAGGAAAAAAAAGAAGUUGUGAAGGAUAUAUUUGUGAUGUAAAAUGGUUGAGAAGGAUUGAGGUAUUAGUUUGUGAUCCUUGCUUGUACAUUAAUGAAUUUGUCUCCAAUUUCGAUUUUGGUUCCA